CAUCCGCAGCGUGACGUCCCUCAGCCAGAGCCCUGAAGGCGAGAUCCGCGUGCGAGUGGCGAGCAGCGGCGCCGUCGAGAGGGCCGAGUACGUGAGCUUCGUCUCCGAUGUCGCUACGACCGCCGAGGGACACGACCUGGCGAAUACGACCUCGGAGUAUACUGUGGAUGUGCCUUCGCGAGGGGCCGGGCCGUGGGACUUCGUGGUCCUUGGGUUGGGCGAGAAUGGGACGCUGGUCGAGGUCGGGCAGGCUUACGUGAUGUCCAAGCCAUGGACGCCGAAGUGGUCGAGGUGUGGAUGGACGACACCUCUGCCUCCUUCAGAUUAGACACAGGCACGCAGAAGGAGGUCGUGUUACAGGACGCGGGUGCUUGCAAGGACACAGAGAGUCCCUGCUACUUCCUCGAGGUCCCGAAGGAGCCUGUCGUUCGGGAACACUGCAUUGACAUCACCAACAACGCAGAAGGAGAGGGAGAAAGGUCCUCGGUGAUGCAGCAGUGUGGUGAUGCCACGGGGAACUUCAGUUCACUCCCGGGAGAAGUCAGCCUCACCCUGGAAGGCAGCGACAAGAUGGUCGUCCAGGGCGACUUCGCAGACAACACGACGGUGGAAAUCACGAUCUACGACUCCGCCACGCCCUCAGACAUCCUUUCCGUGGGCGCGACGUCGUGUGAGGAGAAGAAGAAGGAG